AUGUCGUGUGUGUAUGGAAGGGUGUACUCACCGGCCGCGUGCCUCAGCCACCACCAGCAGAACCAGACGGCCACGAGUGGCCGAGUGCCGGCCAUGUCAGCGGCGCAUUACACGCGCGCUCGUGCCGGCGGCCCCGGCGUACUGAACGAUACUGAACGCUGGAUCGAUGCACGCGCGCCGCCUCACGCACCCCUCGGUAGGGGUUAUAUAAUAAAUUUAACUAGCGUAGCAAAAUUAAGGGAUUUAGCUGGUCACCCCAAGCUACGGCGGCUCCCCGCAGCGGCGCAACCCCAUUCAGCCAGUCAGCACCCUCCGCCAUUUCCUCGAGUUUCCACAGUUAGCGCGCGCGCCGCUUUCCACCACCUAGCCUGUUUCUGUCGGAGCGCUGACCGCCCCUAA